GUCGCUUUGGUGGUAAACAGCGAAAUCUCCUAACUUCGCCAUCUACUAGAUGUAGUGUAAGCGCUAGAAAAUGUCUCCUAAAAUUGGAAUCAACGGUUUUGGCAGGAUCGGGCGAAUUGUGUUAAGGGCGGCACUUGGCAAGGGACUUUCCGUUUGCCUAAUUAAUGAUCCUUUUAUUGAUUUGGAUUAUAUGGUGUAUAUGUUUAAGUAUGACUCCACCCACGGGACAUUUAACGGCGAAGUGUCCGCCUCUGGAGGGAAGCUAGUGGUCAAUGGUCAGGAGAUCUUGGUGUCUAACGAGAAGGAUCCUAGUGCUAUUCCAUGGAGCAGCGUCGGCGUGGAGUAUGUGGUCGAGUCUACUGGAGUGUUUACCACGGUCGAAAAGGCAAAACAGCACAUCGCGGGCGGUGCCUCCAAGGUAAUCAUCUCAGCACCCUCGCCUGACGCCCCUAUGUUCGUCAUGGGCGUGAACCACUCCAAGUACACGUCGGACUUAGAGGUGGUCAGCAACGCCUCCUGCACGACCAACUGUUUGGCGCCCCUGGUCAAGGUGAUCCAUGACAAUUUUGGCAUUGUUGAAGCUCUGAUGACCACAGUUCACGCUACGACAGCUACACAGAAAACAGUUGACGGACCAAGUUCUAAAGAUUGGAGGGGAGGUCGCGGUGCUGGUCAAAACAUCAUCCCAUCGACUACUGGCGCUGCCAAGGCUGUGGGAAAGGUGAUUCCUGAGCUAGAAGGAAAGAUCACAGGGAUGGCUUUCAGAGUCCCGACGCCCAAUGUCUCAGUAGUUGACCUUACCUGUAGACUAGAGAAAGGUGCCGACUAUGAACUCAUUAAGAGUCUGAUCAAGGCGUCGUCAGAGGGGGACAUGAAGGGGAUCAUUGGCUACACGGAAAACGACAUCGUCUCCUCUGACGUAUGUGGGGAGACUUACAGUUCUCUGUUCGACGCUAAGGCUGGGAUCAGCCUGAACGACAAGUUCGUCAAACUCAUUAGCUGGUACGACAACGAGAUGGGGUACAGCACCAGGCUGGUGGAGCUGAUCAGCUACAUGUACACGGUGGAUCAUUAGUGGCAGUGGAUGCAAGUGUGCUUUGUGACGUUUUAAUCCACUCUGUAGAUAGGAAAAUAUUUGCUUAAUAGAGUGAAUCUAAAAAAUAAAUGAGUUGAAGAAUAGAAAGAUGAAUGAGUGCGUUUAACAGAGAAGCAUUUUACGAGUAAAACUUCAUGUGUAGAAUUGGUUACCAUGAGUAAUUUCAGGACAUGGCAGACUGAAUUAAAACUCUCAUCCAGUAUAUGACAUAUGUACAUAUAGCUAAAGAAUAAACCAAUCCAAUUUAAAAAAAAUGACAUAUAUAAUUAUUCAAUUAAAAAAGAAAGUGAUAAAAUCUAAUUAGCACCUAGAUCUAGGUCUUAGCGACAUUUGCGCGUUUCAAUAACUUUUUAUACUCAAAAUUUAAUGUUUCCCAUUUAUUCAGUGUUUUUUUAUCACAUUUUUUAAAACCUUGAUUCUUAAAUCAAAUUCUUUAUUUUUUCGGGACUCGAUCACAAACAAAAAGGAUACUGUAUGCAUAUUAGAUAUAUCAAAACUGCUCUUAAAUUUCAAAUAUCUUAUACUGACAAACUGUCAAUAUUUUGUUUUCUUUGACAUACACAUACAAAAAAUAUAUGUAACAUAUAUUGUCAUAUAUACUUUAAAUAUACUUUGUUUAAUAUUUAUAUAUAAUUGAGAAUAAUUUACAUUCUUGUUUAUAGUGUGUAAUGACAAAUAUAAUGAAUGAAUGAUAUAUAUAUGACACGAAAUAAAAAAUCAUAUCUUUUGUUUA